AUGGCGGCCGGGGAACAAGACGUUGUGAUGGAAGAAAGCACCCCAUCUAAAGACCAAGGAGGACAGAAAAUGUUCACACUUAAAAAGUGGAAUGCUGUAGCCAUGUGGUCUUGGGAUGUAGAGUGUGAUACAUGUGCUAUUUGUCGAGUACAAGUCAUGGGUAAGCGAUGCAAAAAGAUUAAAAUCACUGAAGUUUUUCCGUUUGUUAAAAUUUAAGCUUAAGCUUGUUUUUUAUGAAUUGAAAUAGGUGAAAUGAAUCAUAUUUUUAUGUUAGAGCGGUGGUCUAUGAAAGGGGAUCCCCUCCAAAAAGUUUUGGAAACGCUUGUUGGGAAUUAUUAAAGCUUAAUAUGAAAAAUGAAAGUGAACAAAAAAGUAUAUUCAGCUGCUAUGGAAAUAAAUUUUAUAUCAAGUAACAAGUUAAAGACACAGUGCUGUCGUAAAACUGCCCAGUUAACUGGACAAUUUUUAUUAUAUUUCCGACAUGCAUCUGUGGGAGCGAACUGCCCUUUAUCACCCAACAAUCUGAAACGUGACUGACUGACCAUGAAAAGCUUGGCGUAUAUGCUUAAGCUUAUUAAAAUUAUGUCACAUUGGUUCCUGUCGAAUUUCUAGUCUUAUUAUUAAAAACCAGAAACCCAUAAUGGGUUAACCCCUUAUGAGUUUCUGUAAAAACUCAACUUUUUUUGGUUAUAUUCUAUUAUUAAUAAAUACCUGUUGCCCACGUCGAGGUAUUCUUCUUUAGUAAAAUCCAGCUAGUGGUCUAUUAUCAAUGCUGCAUUCUCAUUGGUUGAGCUACUACUAGGCUAUAUGUUAUAGCCCACUAAUAGCAAAAAGUGCGUACUUUUUUGGUGGCAAAAAAGGAUUAAAGUCUGGCUUUAACUAGCUAAAAGUUUUUUUAUUCUCGAUCUUUUUGACCAACUAGUUGGAUUUUACUAAAACAAUUUUCCUCUUGCCCUAAUGGCCUCUGAGUCAAUAGCCAAUUUGGCCUUUGGCCUCAUGGGCUAUUGACUCAGAGCCCAUUCAGGUUCGAGGAAUAAUUGUUAAAUAUUUUGUUGUUCAGAGCUUUUUACUUCAUAUAAGGCUAUUAAAUUUCCCUCAAUGUCUUGUUGGACUUGUUGAAGGUGAGUUUAAUAAAUUAGUAACAAGUAAAUGACAAAGGUAAAACAGCUGACCUCUUAUCGUUGGUUGAUUGUGAGGUUUGCUUCCUUCACAGCCCCUUGUAUAGUUGUACACGCAUGUUAGUUUCUCAUCUUAAAUUAUUAAGCUUAUCUUUCCUCCAUGCCGUAAAUUUUUUUCUGGAACUAAAUAACAACUCACUGUUUAUUUUGCAUAGAUGCUUGUCUUCGAUGUCAAUCAGACAACAAACAAGAGGAAUGUGUUGGUAUGUAAUGUGUUGCUCCAGAAAGUAACCCUGUAUUAAUAAUCCCCCAAGCCUGGAGGAGGGGGGUACUCCUGGGGAUUCUUGGUGGGGGUGUGCCACCCAGUUCUCCGACCCUAUUUCACACCAAAAAAUGUCGUUUCCCACACCCAUUUUCAGACCUGGUGUCUAAAAUCCAUACCCAUUUUCAAACCUGGCCUCCAGGCAGAAAUUAUGUCACCAUUACUUAGAUUAGGACGUAAACAAAACGAUUUCUUAUUAAUGCAUUUCAAAUUCACAUAUUUCUCUUUCUUUCUUAUUCAUUUGGAAUUGAGACAACAAACAUGUUGAUACACUGAUGUAGUUCCCUUGACAACCAUACGUGAUUCCAGACCAAAAUAGGCAAAAUGUAUACCCAUUUUCAGACCGGAAAGGUGCAAAAACCGCACCCUUUGGGGCGGCACAUACUUAUAUGACUCAAUAAGGGAGUACCCCCCCUCCCAUCACCAGGGCCCCCAAGGCAGGUUUUUUGGUUCAUGUUGACUGUAGGGUGUUGUAGUACCUUAAAAUACCCUGUCAAAUGAUUUUGUUGGGGAUUGACUGUAAUACGUAGGAGGUGUACGAGUGAUGAGACAGGAAAAUAGUUAUUUUUACAGUCAAAAAUAUGCCUGCUUGCAAGGCACAAGUGCUGGCAUUAAAUUCUAGCAUUAAGUGCCUCUUCCGUCUCACUCUUCAUUUUCAAAUUUAAAGCACCUGUGCCUUUUUCUCUUGAUGAUCACAGAACUUGAAUGACUGGGAAAAAAAUGAUUGUUUUCAAUCUUAUCAGUUUGCAAAAAAAGUAGCCUGUUUAGCUGGCUGUAUUGUAGGUGGGUACAUAAAUGAGAGGCAUAGCCACAAGAAAAUAGCCUCUUCCCAAAAUCCUCUCACAGCUUUGCUACUUAAUUGUGUUUCACUAAUAAAACUGCCAGCUAUGCAGGCUAUGCAAAAAUGUUACCAGGUGUUAGACUCAAAAUGUUUCCAAAAAUUUCUCUCUCAAAACAGAACUGCCUUUACUUCUGUUUUGUGAUAUUUUUGUCAAUCAUUCAAUAAUUUUUUAUUAAUUAGACAAGAAUAUUGACAUCAUUCAAUAAUUAUAAUAUGAAAACAAUAGGGUUUAUAUUCACAUCAUAAUUAUGUUUUGGGCCUGAUUCAGACUCAUUUUAGCUUAAGCCACCAGGCGAGGGUUAAAAUAAGUUCUUUAGACAAAAGCAAAAUGAGUUCUUUGGACGAAAUCCUAUGUUGUUACUAUUCAAAUGAAACCUUCUUGACAGAUCUUUUGAACGGCAUUUUUCAUUUCUUAGGAUUCUACAAAAAGAAAUCACCCAUUUUUGUGUUUCUUUCUUUGGCCACCAGUAGAAAUGAAAGGGUUGACAGUACUCACUCUUAAAAAAUUUAUCAACCUUCCCCCUCCUCCACCUUGCCCCCUCAAUGCUCCUCAGCGAACUAAAUUGACUUCUGACUAUUCUGUUUGUCCAUUUCAGUUGUGUGGGGAGAAUGCAAUCACUCAUUCCACAACUGUUGUAUGCAAUUGUGGGUCGUGCAAAACAACAGAUGUCCAUUGUGUCAGCAGGAGUGGGUCGUACAAAGGAUUGGCCGUUGA